AUGGAGGAAGAAACACUUGAAGAAAAUAUUCUGAAAUCAAGACCAUAUCAAACGCAACUUGAGGAAAUUGCAAUAAAGAAAAAUACUAUAAUAUAUCUACCAACUGGAUCCGGGAAAACAUUUAUAGGGAUACGGUUGAUAACCAGAUUUAGGAAGACAUUAAAUGGUGAAUGGGGCCAAGGUGCAAAGAGGACAUUCUUUUUGGUCAACACAGUACCAUUGGUGAAACAACAGCAAAAAUGUAUUUCCGAAUUAUCACCCGUAAAAGGUGUCGCUGGGUAUAGCGGUGAGGAUAGAGUAGACUUCUGGAACAAAAACAAGUGGGACAAUGAGCUAAGGCAGUAUCAGGUGAUCGUAAUGACUAGUCAAAUUCUCUGUGACAUGCUCACACAUAAAUACAUACACAUAAGGGACAUAAAUCUUCUAAUUUUCGACGAGUGUCAUCACGCCAUCGAUGAUCAUCCUAUGCGGAUGGUGAUGAAGCAUUUUGAGAACUGUCCAGAAGAGUAUCAACCAAGAGUACUUGGAUUGACAGCAACACUUCUUAACGCCAAUGUAAAUCUGCCCAAAGUUGAGGAAACGUUACGUCAAUUGGAAACUACUUUUCACGCAACGAUUGCUACAGUAAACGAACUCGGAGAAGUAUUAACUUAUUCAACAAAUCCCCAUGAGUUGGUAGAGUUUUAUAGCACAUAUCGGAAAACUAGCGCUGCUGAAGAGGCUACCAUACUUCUCCAGGAACUUCAGAGUCUUGUUCUUUCUGUUAAGUUGCCACAAGUGGCGUACACGCACGACGUCAAAUUGAAGAAAGGACAACAGGACAUCACGAAUGAUCCUAAAAAGAUUGUUAAACUAGUAAAGAACAUGAUAAUAUCUAUAAUUGAAUUUAUAGAUGAAUUGGGAAUUUAUGGUGCCAACAUAAGCAUUCUUGCUUACAUAAUUCUUUUAGAGCAGUUGAAGCGUAAAGCUUUGUGUCAAGAAGAAGAAUUGUUAUACAAAUUAACGAUUACACAUUUAGUUGAAGUAAGAAUGGUUUUAAUAAAAUCGAUGGGACACGAAACUGGAUAUGAGAGAAUCGUCAAACACUCAUCGGACAAAGUCAAUCAGUUGCUGAAUAUAUUAAAUGAAUACAAUCCUAAUGUCUUUCAAACAGAUGCUCCAUUGAAAGUAAACCUCUCAAGAAAACCAUUAUCUGCAAUUAUUUUCACUAAAAAAAGAUUUACUGCGAAGGUCUUGUUUAACUUACUAAAGGAUGUCAUUAAUGUAAAUCCUCAGACAUUUGGCUUUUUGAAACACGAUUUUAUCGUAGGCUUUAAUGUAAAUCCAUAUAACAACACAAGAGAGCAAUAUUUUACAAAGAAGCAAAGUCAGCAAGGGCUUUUAAAGUUUGCUAACAAAGAUCUCAACUGUCUUAUAUCUACAAGUGUUAUAGAAGAGGGCAUUGACAUUCCUCAAUGUCUUUUGGUGUUGCGAUUCGAUCCACCUUUAGAAUACAGAUCGUACAUUCAAAGCAAAGGUCGCGCAAGGAACCCGGAAUCUGCCUUUGUGAUAUUAGUAGAAGAGAAAAAUAGAACAAAGUUUAUGAACCAGUAUAAGGAAUUUCAAAAAGUCGAACAAUACAUACAAAAGAUGUUAAUAGGCAAGGCGGAUUUUAGAGAUGCGCCAACAGAACGAGAAAUUCAGAAAAACCUAUACGAUGACGAAGACAUUCCACCCUAUAUUACGGAAUAUGGCAACCGCCUGUCAUGUACAUCAGCCAUAAGUUUACUCAGUCGUUAUUGCUCAAUAUUGCCACACGAUCAAUUUACCCUCAUUACGCCAAUGUGGAUUCAAGAAAAGGAUAAAUUAUACCGAAAGAUUACCAUAUUAAUGCCUUUGAGUUGCCCGUUAAAGGAUCCAAUUAUGGGCGAUCCAAUGACAGAUUUGAAAAAUGCUAAGCGUUCUGCAGCGCUGAAAGCUUGCAUAAGACUGCAUCAAAUAGAAGAAUUAGAUCGGAUUACGCUGUUACCAAGGAAAUAUGGCAAAGUCGAUUUCGACCUUCCUGACGUUAAGCAGUGUUUCCUUAACUGGCCCUGGGAAAAUAAUGAAGAUGAAGCCGCAGAUGCACCAGCAGUCGGUUCUAAAAAAAGAAUACGGAAGCAUUUGAAAGUGUGUCCAGAAGUUUUAAAUGGUCAGAGUAAUUGGAAUUCCGGUCAACAGAAGUUCUAUCUUCACAUCAUAGAGUUAAAAACAGCUUUCGACGAACCAAAGGACUCCCGCGAGCGCGCAUUAUAUAAUCUUCUUCAAAAAGGAGAGGGCUACGGAUUUCUGACUGCACAACCUUUGCCCAAAAUAUGCAAUUUCCCAAUGUUUCUUUCUGUGGGUGAAGUGACUACUUCAAUUAAACUUAAUUACGCUGUCAUUCCGUUAGAUUUGGAGUUGUUCGAGUGUGUUAAACAGUUCCACUUCUUUAUUUUCGAUCAAGUACUUGAAGUGGCAAAAAAGUUCGUAGUUUUCGAUGGUACCAAAAACUGCCUAUAUGUGGUACCAGUCAAAAUUAGCGAUGGAUAUGACAUCGAUUGGAAUGUUAUACUGGAUUACCAUGAAGUACCACCAGUUGCGGUACCGUCCGUAGAGAUACGUAAAUCAAUAAGGGUGACAAACGAAAAUUACAAAUAUCACGUCGUUUCUCCGUGGUAUCGCGCCACUAUUUUCCCAGACAGAUACAUUGUCUCAAAUGUGCUAGAACACAUGACCCCACAGUCUUGCUUCGAAUCUAACGCAUUCGAGACCUAUGCGGACUAUUACCGCAGUAAAUAUAACUUAGAAAUUGAAGGCAGCAAAGACCAGCCGUUGCUUGAGGUACGAAACAUCAACACACGAAUGAACUGCUUAAUGCCAAGGUCCGCUACAAUCAGCGCUUUUACAGAGAAACAGCGGAAAUUAGUAUCUGCCGCACAGGGCGACGAUAAACCAAAGUUCAUGGCAGAAUAUUUUAUUCCCGAAUAUUGCAUCAAAUACGACUUCCCCGGGGUGCUGUGGUACAAGGCAAUUUUGCUGCCGAGUAUUAUACACAGAGUUGUGAUGUUACUAACCGCCGAAGAACUUCGCGUUGAAAUAGCUAAAGCCACUAAAUACGGACAGCUUGUAUUGGCCAAAGAUGAGAAGUGGCUGCCAAUAGAGGUGGAUCUGCAAGUUGCAGUGAAGUCAUUACUAUCUCAAGUUGAAAGUCCUGAAGGUCAAAUAGGGGCUUUGAAAAACACUAUUGACAGGAUCAAUAAUCCAAUAGACGAAGCGGCCCGCAAACCUUUAAAAAUAAUCACAAUGAAGGAUAGUGUCUAUCAGUUGCAAAAACAGAAGAUUAACAGAGAAUUUCCAUGGGAGGAAGACAAGGAGCCGAUCGAUAUCGAGCGCAACCUGUCAACGGUGACCGUUAUGGACAUAGAAUGCUAUGACGAGUUCAUCACAGGACCUAUGUACUCUAACCCUGACAAAGCAAUAGUUCUGUCACCACCUAGGACCGUGCCAACUUCAGGCGCCCUUCUCCCGCCACCGAUCAAAUAUAAAGAAAAGAUUGAACUUCUUAAAAAGCAGCCCAUUGGCCGUGGUCCGGAAUUAAGGGAAAUCCUGACCGCCCUCACUACAAUCAAUUCGCACGAUACCUUUAAUUUGGAACGGGUGGAGACCUUAGGUGAUUCGUUCCUUAAGUUUGCCGCAAGCUUAUAUCUCUACCACAAGUUCCCUAAGUUGAAUGAAGGCCAGCUUACGAAUAUUAAAUCCCGCCUUAUUGGAAACAGGAAUCUUUACUAUGCUGGUGAAAAAGCGCGAUUGGCCGGUCGCAUGAAGGUUGAGCAGUUCAGUCCAAAAACUGAUUUCGUCGUACCAGGUUUCUUUGCGCCACAAGCAGUGAAGAAUUUUAUUGAAAAUGCUCAG